AUGCCGACAACGACACCAAGCCAGCCGAAAACGACACCAAGUCUGACGACAACGACACCAAGCAUGCCGACAACGUCACAAAGCCUGCCGUCAACGACACCAAGCCAGCCGAAAACGACACCAAGUCUGACGACAACGACACCAAGCAUGCCGAUAACGACACCAAGCCUGCCGACAACGACACCAAACAACAACACAAAGCAUGCCGACAACGACACCAAGCAUGCCGAAAACCACACCAAGCCUGCCGACAACGACACCAAGUCUGACGACAACGACACCAAGCAUGCCGACAACGGCACAAAGCCUGCCGUCAACGACACCAAGCCAGCCGAAAACGACACCAAGUCUGACGACAACGACACCAAGCAUGCCGAUAACGACACCAAGUCUGACGACAACGAUACCAAGCAUGCCGAUAACGACACCAAGCCUGCCGACAACAACACAAAGCAUGCCGACAACGACACCAAGCAUGCCGACAACGACACCAAGCCUGCCGACAACGACAUAAAGCCUGUCGCCAAUUUACACCAAGCCUGCUGA